AUGUUGAUGUGGUGGACAAUUGUUUCUUCUCUUGGAUAUAUUUUACUGAGUACAAAAGGAUGGCCAGUAAAAGAAGGACAUGACCUCAGAUCAUUUCAAGCUCUUAUGCGAUUACGCCACAAGCAGGAAAGGAGUCCCGAACAUUCAAGAAAUAAAGGGUCUGUGAAUCAUGGUGUUUUCCCUGGAUCCUGUGAAAAUAAGUAUUGUGGCUUGGGUAGGCAUUGUGUUGUCAAUAGAGAAACAGGACAAGGGGAAUGUGCCUGCAUGGAAUAUUGCAAGUCUCAUUACAAGCCUGUUUGCGGUUCUGAUGGUGAAUUCUAUGAAAAUCACUGUGAAGUGCACCGGGCUGCCUGCCUGAAAAAGCAGAAGAUUACUAUUGUCCACAAUGAAGACUGCUUCUUCAAAGGGGACAACUGCAAUUCUAUUGAUUACAACAAGAUGAAAAAUUUCCUGCUGGAUCUACAGAACAGAAAAUAUAUUCUACAAACAAAAGAAAGCAUUACUGAAGAUAACAUGGCUUUGAAGAAAUUAUUGGUGGAUCAGUUGUUUAAAUAUUAUGAUUCAGACAACAAUGGACUUGUAGAUAGCAAUGAACUAACACAGGUAAUAAAACAAGAUGAACUUGGCAAGGAUAUGUCUGACUGCUCUCUUUUUGAUCUCUUGAAAUAUGAUGAUUAUAAUAGUGACAAGCAUCUUGGCCUGGAAGAAUUCUAUAGAGCAUUCCAAGUAAUACAACUGACCCUGCCAGAAGACCAAAAAGUAAGCAUUACGGCUGCGAUAGUUGGACAAAGUGCAGUUCUAAUUUGUGCCAUUCAGGGCACCUUGAGACCUCCAAUCAUCUGGAAGCGGAACAAUGUCGCUCUGAAGAGUUUAGAUUUAGAAGACAUCAACGAUUUUGGAGAUGAUGGGUCCCUAUACAUUACUAAGAUUACUACAACUCACAUGGGAAAUUAUAGCUGCUAUGCAGAUGGAUAUGAUCAAAUCUAUCAGACUCAUAUUCUUCAAGUGAAUGUUCCACCCGUCAUAAGAGUCUUCCCUGAAAGUCAAGCUAGGGAGCCAGGAGUGACAGCUAGUCUUCGAUGCCACGCUGAGGGUAUUCCCAAUCCAGUGCUUGGUUGGUUGAAGAAUGGAAUUGAUAUAACUCCAAAGUUAUCCAAACAGUUAACUCUUCAAGCAAAUGGCAGCGAAGUCCACAUUAGCAAUGUACGUUAUGAAGAUACAGGAGCAUAUACUUGUAUUGCAAAGAAUGAAGUAGGAGUUGAUGAAGACAUCUCUUCCCUUUUUGUAGAGGAUUCUGCACGGAAAACCCUUGCUAACAUAUUAUGGAGAGAGGAAGGUCUGGGAAUUGGUAAUAUGUUCUAUGUGUUUUAUGAAGAUGGAAUCAAAGUGAUACAACCAGUAGAAUGUGAAUUCCAGAGACACAUUAAGCCUAAUGAAAAGCUCCUUGGAUUUCAGGAUGAAGUCUGUCCAAACACUGAUGGGGAUGAAGUCCAGCGAUGUGUCUGGGCAUCAGCUGCUAAUGUCAAGGAUAAAUUCAUCUAUGUAACUCAACCGACUUUGGAUAGAGUGCUAAUUGUUGAUGUACAAUCUCAAAAAGUUGUGCAGGCUGUAAGUACGGAUCCAGUUCCAGUGAAUCUACAUUAUGAUAAAUCACAUGAUCAAGUAUGGGUGCUCAGUUGGGGAAGCUUUGAUAAGGAUUCUCCUACACUACAAGUGAUAACCCAGGCCAGUGGAAGUAUUUCUCAUCACACUAUUCACACUCAGCCAGUGGGCAAGCAGUUUGACAGAGUGGAUGACUUUUUCAUUCCAUCUUCAACUCUUCUUAUUACCCACAUAAGGUUUGGAUUUAUUCUUCACAAGGAUGAGCCUAUACUCCAGAAAAUUGAUCUCGAAACAAUGUCAUACAUCAAGACAAUUAGUUUAAAGGAUUACAACUGUGUUCCAAAGACUCUGGCAUAUACACAUCUUGGAGGAUAUUAUUUUGUCAACUGUAAGCCUGACACCACUGGAGCCAUUCUACCACAAAUAAUAGUAGAUAGCGUUACUGACUCAGUUAUUGGAUAUAAUGGUGAUGUAACAGGAUCUCCAUAUAUUUCUCCAGAUGGUCACUACAUAGUCAGCAUUGAUGAUGUGAAAGGUCUAAUGAGGGUCCAGACAAUUACACUAAGAGGAGAAAUACAAGAUGCCUUUGACAUUCACACAAACUUGCACAUAUCUGAUGUGGCUUUCCAACCAUCAUUUACUGAAGCCCAUCAAUAUAAUGUCUUUGGUAGCUCUAGUACACAGACUGAUGUUCUUUUUGUAGAACUAUCUUCUGGGAAAGUGAAGAUGGUGAAGAAUCUUAAGGAACCUCUUAAACCAGAUGAAUGGCCUUGGAACAAUAAGAACCGAUUAAUUGAGGGCAGUGGGCUCUUUGGUCAGUACCUGAUGACACCUUCCAAGGAAUCCUUGUUUAUUCUAGAUGGACGAUUAAAUAAGCUUAAUUGUGAAAUCACUGAAGUUGAGAGAGGAAACACAGUAAUUUGGGUUGGAGAAGCAUAA